UGAGUCAGUAGGACAGCUCCGUAGGUAGUUGGCGUGUGGAAGCGACACCGCGUAGUGGUGUUUCGCGAUCCGCCGUGACGCUGAGUUUUUGUUUUGCUUUCUCGCGCGCUCCCGUGUAUUUCGUCGUGCGACUAUUGGACAGCGCGCGUGCAAGUGGAAAAUAACUUUUUUUUUUCUCUCGUGGAGUGCAUCGCCGUCUUUAAUUUUUUUUUUUUAAAUUAAUUUUUAUGUGCGCUGGUGUGGGGUUUUGUGUUGUAUCGCGGCAUGCGGGUGUUCCGAAAAGGCAGCAGUGUCGACUGAUCGCCGCCCUGGUUCGCGAGAUGACGUGUCGUUGGUGAGCGGAGGGCAAGCGGCCAUGCUGUACGACGUACCGGACUCCUCGUGUGUGCCCCUGGACCUGAGUUUGAACUCGGCGCGGGGCAAGUGCGUCCCUUCCUCGACGUCUCCGCCCCUGAGCCCGUCAUGCCGGGACUACUGCACGGACUCGGACGACUCCGACGGACAGACCUUGCCCGGGGGGAAGCUCUGCAAGGCGUACAAGAAGCGGCUCAUCACGAGAUACCUGAACAACUCGGCGGAGCUGGGCGUGCUGGAGCUGCCGCACUCGCCGCCGCCCGUGAAGCGCGAGCCCGGCGACUACAAGCCGCUGCUGCACGGCAUCCUGAGCCAGCACCACGCGCACCACGCGCACCACGCGCACCACGCGGGGCUGCUCACCGCGCACCGCACCUCCGCCUACACCCCGCACUCGUCCACAGGUUCGCUCCCGCCCAGCCCCGCCGACUCCGGGGUGUCUGACGUGGACAGCAGCAGCAGCGGCCACACCUCCAACGACGAGCUGAAGGCGAGGCUGCAGCCGACGCCAGGGCUGGCCGCGCGCACCCCGGACAGCCCCGGGCCGGGACACCCCCAGCAGCACCCCGGGUACGGCGUGCCUCACGGCGGCUUCCUCGCGCCCUUCUACCACCCGCACCAGCCGGCCAGGGUGCCGCCGCACCACUACGUGGGCAGGCAGCCUCUGGCGGACGGCUACGGCGGCUACCAGCAGGCGGGGCUGUACCACCAGCACCAGCAGUUCGCGGCGCCGCCCGCGCCGUCCCCGCCCAGACCCGCCGUGCCCACGCCGGUGAUCCAGCCGGCCACGUCCAGCGUGGGGCCCGACGACCUGUACCUGCUGGAGCUGGGCUUCCAGCCGCGGCCCGCCAAGAAGAAGCUCAAGAAGCCCAAGGGCGGCGAGCCGGGCUCCGUCAAGCGGAAGAGUCGCGAAGGCUCCACGACGUACCUGUGGGAGUUCCUGCUGAAGCUGCUGCAGGACAGGGACUACUGCCCGCGCUACAUCAAGUGGACGAACCGCGAGAAGGGCGUGUUCAAGCUGGUGGACUCCAAGGCCGUGUCCAGGCUGUGGGGUCUGCACAAGAACAAGCCCGACAUGAACUACGAGACCAUGGGGCGAGCGCUCAGGUAUUACUACCAGAGAGGCAUCCUUGCGAAGGUGGACGGCCAGAGGCUGGUCUAUCAGUUUGUCGACGUCCCCAAGGACAUCGUCGAAAUAGACUGCACCGGCGCGUGACCUGUCGCAGCGGCAGAUCUUGGCCCACGCUCUUGGAAGAGUACAUAUCGUGAGUGAACUGGAACUCGGGACACCUCCCUGAUUGAUAGUGCCUUUUGGAAACAAGUGCACACUUGCGUGUUGGACCAUUUUUCUUUCGCUGCUGGAUGCACACUCGGAACCUGCAAUGUCGUCCAUCGAUUCCUGUGCCGGACGUUGCUCCCAGGUGUUUGUUACAACGCACCUGCUUUGUUCUCAACGAAAAUUUUUUUAAGAUGGAACAGAAAAUUAAAUAACUUAAUGUUUUUUAAAUGUACGUAUGCCUCAUUAAAAAAAAAUAACAAUGAAAGAAAUUAAUAUUUUACAAGAUCUCAGGAACUUCUCCGACUAAAAGAAAUUCUUAAAAAAAAUGAUUUUGAAAAGAAGCUUAGCUAUAUUUUUGUAAGUGUUUGACUUUGGUGCUGGGUGCAUGCAAAAUGUCAUUUUUGUAAUGCAGUCUGUGAAAAAAUAUUGUGUUAAGAAAAAAAAUCCUAUUGUGGUCCAAUAAAUUCCAGAUACCUUGAUUCUUGAUUUGAUUCUACCAAAACUAAUUUGAGUUUUCAGUAAAAAAAUGUUCUUCUGUUUUUUAAACACUCAUUUGCAUUGCAUUUUAUGUGUCACUUCAGCUACCAUUACUAAAUAUAAAUGUUUCCAAUACCCUGUACCGUCAUAAGAAAUUCUUUCGCUCAGAGAAAAUAUUGUAAGAAAACAUGUGGGAAAAGAAACAGUUUGCCUCUAAAUAUGUAGCAAAGAGUUAUGUAAUAUCUGUUGAAAUCUUGUAACUCACUUAUUUUGUAAUAACUGAAAUUGUAGGGCCUAGGUGUAAGGUAUUUUUACUGUAUUCAGCCACAAUAUGACUGUGCUAUAUUUUUGAUCAUGGAAAAAAAAAACAUUUUGUGGUCAUUAUGGAAAAGUUAUUAGAUUAAAGAAAAAUGUACUCAAAUUUAAUGUUGAGUGUUGCAAUGCUUUUUCGCAGCUGGAACAUAAUAUUUGCCAUGUUUUUUAUUCUUUUAAGCAAUUUAAUUCAGAAUCAGUUGUUGAGAUAAGUCAGUUAUCUCUUGCAACCAGCGUCAACCUGCCCUUGUAUCAUAAUUUUUGUAAUUUGCCUUUCAAGUGCUGUGCUUAUUGUCAAAUACUGGGGAGCCUAUCAUGGUUGUGACUGUACUUAAGUAGUGAGUGCACUUGAACGUGUGUGUUUGACACACGGGUGGAAUGGUCUGUUGUAUUAGAACAGUGCUGAAUAGUUGUACGUACACUGAAAUGCAGAUAGUAGUGUGUAAACAUGUGUGUUUGGAAACUGUGAUCAGAAAAUAAUCUUUCUUUUUUUAUGUUCAUAAUUUUUGUUUGUAUAAUUUUGAGAAUGCCUUUGUAUUGUGUUGUUGAUAUUUUCUAAAGCCAGUUUUCUAUAGGUGUUUCAUUGCUGGUGUUUAAAUGUGCUUUAUGUAAUGUAUCUUCUUGUGUGCACAUAAUUUGUACGAAAGUAUGAAAGUAAGUUCAGCUAUGCCAUCAGAAACACCAAGUAGGGUUGCCAACUCACUGAAUGUACCAGCCAUUUAAUGAGAAGUAAAUAAACAAUCUGCCACUUGAUAUACUUCAUUAUAAUGACUUUCAUGUAAUAUUACUUCAAAAAAUCAUUACAUGUAGGUACUGAUGUAAAGUUUUUGGUAUUGUUAACAAUUCAUCCCUCUGUAAGAAACAGUGAAGGUUGUAAAAGAAACAUAAUUUUGAAUUUUAGAAUAAUUUUGAACAUUUUUUUGUAUACAUAGAAUAUCAACUUUCAAGAGCUCAUAAACACAUGUUUGGCAACCCUGUUUUUUAGUGCAGGACUAAAUUUUGAUAUGGGAGAGUUGAUGUAACCAUAACUAAUAUACCAAUAUUUACUCUUAUCUGUUUCAUGUUCAGAACUGUAAUGUAACAACAUUGUAUUUUACUGUUUCUGUAUUGGAAUUAAUGACAUUCUGGAUUAGUACUAUACUAAUAACUAAAAUUUGAUAUUAAAUAUAUAUCUAUGUUUCUGUAGGUAAUGAAAGUUUUGCUGUAUGUUUAAUCUUGCUAUGCAGUUGUCUUGUCUAUACUGUCAUACAAUUUUUUUUUUUACACAUAGUUGAAAAUCAUUGAAAGAAUGAAAUGCUUACACAUUUAGUUAAAAUUAAUUAUCAACUAAACAUUUGAUUAUUUUUAAUAGGAUUUUGAUGAGUUAUUUAUAGUGUAAAUUCAGUUGUGAAUAUUUUUAGGUACUUCAAACUGAAAUGCAAAUGCUGUAGUUAAAAUAUUUACCUCUGGUUUUGUAUUUUUUCAUUCAUGGUUUUCAAUCAUGAAAAAUAAUAUAUCGUACUCAUUACAUAUUAACCAUCUCUGUGCACAUUUUUAUGUCUUUCUCAUCAGAAUUGAUGUUUUUGAUGUUGUAAUGAUGCAUUGAUGGAUAUUUAAUGUAUGCAAUGCACAAUAAUCCGGCCAUUUAAUGAAAUUGCAAACCCCUUUGUUGACUGCAGAGUAUUUAGUAUUUUGUUUGGUUUGGAAAACUUCCUCAUAUGUAUAUGUUGCUAACAGAAUAAAUAGCCUAUAUUGUUUUAUGAAACAGAAAGUAAGUUUAGAGUUUUUGUUUACAAUGGAUGAUGGCAAUAUUCAACAUUAACAUCAUACCUUAAUGCAAUGGAACUAAAAAAAUCAUUCACAUUAUCAUUUUAUACUUGAAUGACUAGCCCAAAUUGUGUGGACGUGACCAAUACCUUUAUCAUUACAGCAUUUAGUUUUACAAAUGAUUCAUGAUUUAUUUAAGUAUGUAGUAGUAGUAGUAGUAGUAGUAGUAGUUGUAGUUUUCAAAGCUAGAACAUUCCAGUUGCAUAGUGUAUAGUCCACAACAAAAUCUAUGAAGAUUGUAUGCGGUGCUAAAGUUGUACAUUGUCACAAUGCACAAUGAAGUACAUGGUCAUUAAAAACAAUAUUCAAAAUGCUUUGCAGUCUACUUGUUGCAAUUGUUGUGAAUUAUUUUUUGUAAAGUUAAAAUUUAUUCUAAAAUUUAUUUUCUGCCUAUGUGAAAUUCAUUAAAGUUUCAAAAUGAUUCUUUGUACAAAAAAUGCAAACAUUUCUGUGAUGUAUUGAAACGGGAAAAGCGGGGCAGCCAAAUUUGUGGUUGUUGAAGGAAUACUUCUGGUGCUUUAAAACUGUGCAGUGUAGUUUUGUGGUGAGUGGGGGAUAAUCUCUCUUGGAAGACGUGACUGACAGAGUUUUUUUUAAUAUUGUAGGGUUUUUACCUGUGCCGUGCUGAUGGUUCUAACUCCAUCAUUGGUGCUGGAAGGAAAAAGAAAAUUAUUUUUAAUGAUGAGAAUUAUUACGUAGUGAGGCUAGUUGAUUGUUAAUGCAUGAUGGUUUGUAAAAAAAAUUGCGUCCAUAAUAUUGUGAUGUCAUUUUUGAAUGUUCAUGUAGUUUUGUGGAAAUAAUUUUUUUUAAAUAAUGAAUCCAUCUAUAAUUUUAAUUUUCUGCACGCAAUGUUUGGAAUUUUUCUUUUGAAUCAGUGCUAGUUGCAGUUAAGAAUUUUUCUCUCCAUCUUGCAUAUGUCAGUAAUACCACAAAAAAAGUAACUUUACCAGCUUUGGAAUGGCUGUUUCCUCUGGGUUCCUAUAAAAAUAGUUUCUCACUUGGCAGUUUGUAGUUUUGUGUAAAGCCCAGUCCUAGGUCUUGUUGCUACUGAAAAUGAAAUCACUUUUAUUACCGCAUUUCUUUGGAACAAAGCAAAGUAAUUAAAUUUAACUUUUGAAAAAAUCCUUGUUGAAUAAAAAAAUUGGAAGAUAAAAUUUUUUAACAUCUCUACUUCAGGAUUAAUAUUCAUUUCAGGUCCUGUAUUUUUUUUGAAAAUCAUUAGUACCUUCUUUUAUCGCAUAAUUGUCGCACGCGCAUAAUCAUCGCACCUAUAUUUUAGGGCGUCAAAAUUAGAAUUAAAAAAACCUCUCGCGUAAAUGUUGCAUGAUGUUUUUGGUCCCACUAUUAGAUUCUGAGCUCUUUGUGUAGGUAUCUUUUCCAUAUAAAACAAUGUAUUUUAAAGUAUAAAUCUAAUAUUUAUUCAUAAAUUACCUAUUACUUAUUUAAUUAACGGAAAUAUGAAGUUGCCUGAUGUGUAAAUUUUCUUUUAAAGACGUUUUUAAACGUUAUAACCUUUAUCUGUUCAUCUGCGUUGCCACGGUGUACCACUUAUAGAAAUAUAGCCAGUGCUAGUUGGCAUCAUUCAUGUUUGGUUAUGUUGCUUCUCGUAUAGAGCGCGCACAUGUAGUCGAAUAUCGAUACUGAUAUCUCGCCAAUUGCAUGCAACCCGCACUCUCUGUUACGUGCCGAGUUAACUACAUUUGAUGGCCCGCACUCUUUCGUGGUAAGUGUCUACUACGACGAUAGUUAUGCGUUAGUUCACAUUUGCAUUCACAUUUUGUUUUUCUAUUUAAAGUUGAAGAAAGGUUUUUGUUGCAUGAGUUAUUAAUUUAAAUUGUUCGGCGUGCUCUUGUAUACUCCACUUUUCAAUAAACAUACUUUCCGUGAAUGUGUUUUGUUUUUAUGAAUAACUUCACCUAAUAAAAAAAUUUUUUUUUUGCGCUUUUGAAUUUGAUAUUAGUAUAAAAUGUGUGACCAUUAUGCGAUAAAACACGGUAUUUUACUGCAUAUGUUAAAAAAAAUGUGUAUAAGAAAUAAAAAAAAAACCUUUUUUUAAGUGACCUGAAUUUCUAAGAUUUCUUAGUGACUAAGCAUUUAAUGAAAAAAGUCAAUAAAAGUACACAUUGUAUGACACCAAGACACACUGUAUUGUAAUAACCUAACCAAAACACAACCAGAGCUCAGAAAAUUAUACACAUGCUUUAAAGAUAAUUGAGUGGGGGAAAAGAUUUUUUAAGUAGUGACUUAAUGCCGCAAGAUAGACUGGGCCUGAACUCCAGCACCAAGAUGUAUUGUAGUGUUAUAUUUCUUGAAGUCUUGUACUUUGCCUUGGUAGUAUUGUGAUAACGGUUACAAUUCAGUCAUCAGACUUCACUUUUUUCUGGAAAUUAUAAACAUAUAUAAAUAAUAUUGUGCCUCUGUAUCGUAUUAGCAAAAGAUUAAUAGUAACACAUAGAUUCAUCAAGUAUAAACGCAAAAGAAUGUUUGAUAAACUUAAAAAAUUAUGUAUUCUGCAUCCGUGAUUAAAUUACGAUUAUUUAAUGUCUAAAAACUUCUUUGAUACAGCAAAGGUUAUAUUACACUGUACCUGUAGUACUCAAUGGAAAGACAAACUUACUAUGAUAAUUAAGACAAAUUUCUUAAACAGCUUAUAUAUUAACUACUUAGUGUGCACAGUUAUUCUUCUGGCUGAAAUCAUUUUCAAUACCAUCUCUAUCCUCUGGUAUUAGCUUUUUUCCCCUUCAAAUUUAAUGAUUAUCCAUAACUGCAGUAACUUAUUCAUGAUAUUGCACUUGGGCUGUGCAUUUUCAAUACUGUUUACUUCUUUGCUUAAAAAGUUUGCAAAGCAAAAUUUUUCUAUGCUGGCAAAGUUUUUUUUUUUCUUUCUUUCUGAACUGAAGAUAACUACAAUUAUUUCCUCUAAAAGUGAUGCUGUUUUAAAGUAGGUCUUGUUUCUAGUAAAAAUCUCUCUUUACAGUUCUGAGACACUAUAAUAAUUUUAAGAGAUAACUUUAUGCAGAGUUUCCUCAAAAUUUCUACUGCAAUUAAACAGAGAAAUGAAUGUACGUGCAUGUGUGAUCAUUAGCAUCAAGCAAAUGUACUAAUAUAGUUGCGGGGAAGCGAGCAAAGUGCAUUUUCUUAUUUUUCCGUGGGUACCUUAGUGGGUAUUGUGUCAUCCUGUUUGUACUGCCGAGCAUAUGUUAGUGCAAUGAUGGACUUGGCGCUCAGUCGAGUUGCAUCGACAGAGUGCCAAGACUUCAUUAUAUGCAACUGUCAGCUGAUGAUUUUCAAAGGGAAGAGUUUUAGGUUGCGACGAAUCAACUACCUGAAAGAAAUACUUAAUUUUAAGAUACUGUAUGUAUAAAGCAAGAUAUGUAUAAAACAUUAUUAAAUUAUGGUUAUUAAGUGUUAUGGUGAUAUUUUCUUACACACCAUUGUAAAUAUACAGGUUGCAACAUCUGUGCAGCAAGAAUUCCUGUUUUCUGUACAAUGUAGAAUGUAUUCUAUUAAUAAUUAUACAUGUUAUACUCAGUUAUGGAGUUUAAAUGGAAUCUUUUACAUGAUGUGAAAUAAAAGUUUUACCACUCAA